UCAGCUGUAUUGUCGGUCGGAUGUGUAAAACCGCGGUGAAAUGCACGUGCAGCCAGAGGACAGCAAGCAGUUGCAGAUACUCCACAGGACAUUUCAAAUGUACAUUCUUUCAGUGCCAGUGAGUGAUUGGUAAUCAGCGAAUCGUUAUGUCAACCCAUCCCCUGAAAUCCCGGCUAUCGGUAUCGGUCGAAAGCACCGCAGGCGGUGAGGAACCCACAGAAUGCCAUGUGAGGCCGAUAUUUAAUCGCGCUCAAUAAUUACGUUAAUUCACCGUUUAAUUGAAAUAAAAAAAGUGUGGCUUUUCGUUGCGUGUGGAGUGAAUGCUAUUUGCAGAUUUUUGCGGAAUUUUCGGUGAAUACUAUAAUGAUUAAAUGACGCUGAUCCCAAUUUAGUGGAAAGUGAAAAAUGUGAGUUGAAAAAUUAAACCCAGCAUCAUUAACGGUUAUUUAAAAGCAUUUAGCUGGAGGCGCGUGUGAAGUUUCGGUUGAACAACUUAACCUGCAAAUUGGAGAACCAUCAACUGACGGCGGAAGGUGUGAGAGUUCACUUCCACCAGUACUGGAAAGCAGUUUACCGAUCCUAAUGCCGCCCGCUGCAAGCUGUAACACGGAGAAACCGUAGAGUGCGGCAGGAAUUCCACCUCGGCAGCUUCGGCUUUGUCACCGGGUCAGAGCGGAAAAUCGCAUUCCGCGCUGCGCUACACAGGGACGAAACAGACCGACCCCGGUGGUGGAGGAAGAAAAUGUAAAAUGAAAUGCAGAAACAGUCAAGAUGACGAUAAAACUUCACGAGUGCAAACAUAAACAUCAUCAUAAACAUCAUCGCAGUGACGGUAGUCGUAGAAUUAAUUUUCCCCGCGACUGCUCGGUUGGUGGUGGAAGCACAGACGGAAGUGCAGUGUUGAGGUUGAAACCGGAAGAGGUAGUGCAAACUAGGGCAGAUGGCAACGGUCGUGGUGAGCUAGCGACCAGUGUACCAGCCGCGGCCGUACUGGAGGUCGGGGAUGGUGUGGUCCGUUCUGCGGCCUUCGAUCCAGUGGACUGUACGUGGCCCGCCAUCGAAUCCAGCAUCGAUAGCAUCGACGCUGGUCGAUCACUGGUGGCACAAUUGCUGGCCCAACAGAAACAACCAGUUCGCCUCGGUCAGCAGUCAGGCAUCGACAACAACAACUACAACAGCAACAGUUGCAGCCAUCCGACUAGUUUUAGCGUUAGAUUUUUUCGUUCACAAGUCCUGCAAACUGUGGUCGUGUUGUACAUAGCACUGGUAGUAAUCAUAGCGAAUGCAGCAGUAGCAGCGUUCGAGCCCGAUUUCGUAUACCCACUGGAAAAUGUUACGGUAGCAAAAGGACGCGAUGCGACGUUCACGUGCGUCGUGAAUAACCUCGGUGGUUAUAGGGUGAGUGGGGAGGCAACUCCAGCUAGGGUAGCCUGGAUUAAAGCGGACGCGAAGGCAAUUCUGGCGAUCCACGAGCACGUGAUCACCAACAACGGGCGCCUUUCGGUGACACACAACGACUACAACACCUGGACGUUAGUGAUUCGAAACGUCAAGAUGGAGGAUCGGGGUUUGUACAUGUGCCAGGUCAAUACCGAUCCCAUGAAGAUGCAGACUGCAUUCCUGGAGGUUGUGAUUCCGCCGGACAUCAUCUACGAGGAAACGUCUGGUGACAUGAUGGUACCGGAAGGUGGUUCAGCAAAGCUGGUGUGCAAAGCGCGUGGCUAUCCGAAACCGAAGAUCAUCUGGCGGCGAGAGGACACCCGGGAAAUAAUCGCACGUAAUGGCACCCACGGGAAAAUGAAAGCCACCGUCGUCGAAGGCGAGAUGCUAUCACUUACCAAGGUGACACGCUCGGAGAUGGGCGCGUACAUGUGCAUCGCGUCCAACGGUGUCCCACCGUCGGUGAGCAAACGGAUGAAACUGCAAGUACAUUUUCAUCCACUGAUACAAGUGCCGAAUCAGCUUGUCGGUGCCCCGCUGGGAACCGAUGUCACGGUAAUUUGCAACGUCGAGGCAUCGCCGAAGGCAAUCAACUACUGGCAGCGGGAAAACGGCGAGAUGAUAAUCUCCAAUGAGCGCUAUUCGAUGAACGAAAACGAAAGCUCGAUGUACGCGGUGCAGAUGACGCUUGUGAUCCGGAAACUGCACAAAGCCGAUAUGGGUGGCUACAAGUGCAUAUCGAAGAACAGCAUUGGCGAUGCCGAGGGUACGAUACGGUUGUACGCUUCCUGUGGACAAUGGAUUUUCCCAUUGCCAAACUGACAAACACCGAGAAGAAGAUCAGCGCUCAUUAAAUUCCUCGUAUGACAACCGAACGGAACUGUUUUCCAUAACUCUUUCGCUAGCUGCUUUUUCGUGCCGACUCACACGAAUAUAUAUCGAGGAAGUAAAACGUAACAUAACGGUAUAUAUGUAGGAUAAUGAUUAAAUAAAAGUAAGUGCCAAAACUCAUUGCGAAAAUAAGGCAAAUUGGGGUGGGCUUGUAUCCCGCUAACAGACGAGAAACUCGCUGAAUAAAAGAAAAACCAUACACACACGUUCAUACUAGUUAUAUUCAUAUGCAUAGUCAUAAAUAAAAAACAAGUGGCGAUAUUUUACAGUGGUUAUUAUGGAAGCAAACAAAAAAACAAAUACGAGAAUGCAGAAUGAAUUGAGUGAAGGUUUUGUUAUGAAUAAAUCCGUGGCGCUUAUUGUUAUGCCGAAAAGAGAAGCGGGCAAUUAUAAGAUUAUUAUAUCUAGUCUCAUACACAGACGAUUCCAGAAUGAGGAAUCGUAACGCUAAACAAAUCCGUAGAUAAACAACAAACGUAACAAUUGAAUCAAGCAAACCACGACAAAAUUUAGCCAAUCUAUGUAAAAUAUCACGAGAAAGUGGAGGUAUAAAGUAUGAUUGCGGUGACGCAAUUAAAUACUAUAAUGGAACUAAGAUGACAACAGGAAUCACCGGUCGCAUAUGUAAAUAGAAUAAACAAUAAGAACAUGAUACCCAAUCAUAUAGAGCAGAUAAAACAAACUACUAAAUAAAAAUUUGAAAAGUUA